GACAUUGAGGUUGCUGAUGCUGCCGCUUAAGGGCAUUUCAGUACACAAAAUGCGGCGUACACAACUUAAUUUGCUAUGCUGUGCGCUUUUCCUGCUGGCAUACUUCAGCCAAACAUGCGCUGAAACCAAGUACCGCACGCCGGCUCGCAUCCUGGCCAAGCAGACGGGAGCCACACAAUUUGAGGAGGAACGCUACGAAGCACACACAAAUUGCAAUGAGCACAAGCAUCAUUUGAAGAAGCGUGCCUCCGAUGAGGAUGUGGACUAUGAGGUUUACCAAGGGGUUGUGGGUCGACCAGGCAUCGAUUUUCCCAUCUAUCCUCGCAUUCCCAAGACUACAUUCAGUUGUCGAUCAUAUGGAAAUGGCUACUUUGCCGACAUGGAAACGGAUUGUCAGGUCUUUCACAUUUGCGAGGAGGGACGCAAGAUCUCGUUCCUUUGUCCCAAUGGAACCAUUUUCCAGCAGAGCGAGCUCACCUGCGACUGGUGGUUCAAGGUCAAUUGUCUGGGAUCCUCGGGAUACUAUGCCGAGAGUGCUGAGAUUCUAAACAAACAGCGUGUCCAUCGUGUACGUCCGUCGGUGCCAGUGCAGGGCUUUAACAUAGUUGGCGGUGGUCUGAACAUCAAGCCAAAGGUGACACCUGUUGUGGGCCAAGCUCGUGCAGCUUCACGUCCUGGCAGCAAGUCGGAUAGACGCAUCGAUUCCACAGAGGAUCUCCAUGCAUCGAUCGAGAGCGUUGACUUUGACGAUGUGUCGGGAGAGAAGCAGCGAAAGGUUCUGCCGAGCAUUGACAACAACAGCAAUGAUCAUGAAACACAGAUCACAGCGGAGAGUUCAUCCUUUGUCAGCGGCACCAGCAAACGACGCAAUGGCAGCAGCAACAACAACAACAACAGCAACAACAAUAGCAACAACAACAAUCCCAAUAGCAACGAUGAUGCAUCCGUAUUGAAACCAGCGCGCAGUCGUAGUGGCGCCUCCCAGGAGCGCAGUUCCUCAUCACGAGGAGGAGUUGGUCACACUGAGUCCCGGGAGCGUGCCCGGAAUGGACAGCGUGGACAGCAGCGGUACAAGGAUCUCGAUAGCGAGGAACAGCACAGCAAGGAGAAGAGCAAAGAGAAGCUAUCGCAGCAAUCGUCCCUCAAGGAUAAGCCAGAGUUCUACGAGGCACACUCGAUCCGUCCCGUGCAGCAUACGACGCCCUAUUACGUUCCCAGCAGUUACUCCACGGCACGUCGUCUGGAGCCCAGCAAGUCGACACCGUUCUAUACACCAACCGUACCCAGCAUCUCCAAGUCCAAGAGCACCGAGGGCAAACUGAACUACAUUAAGGGCGGACAUGCGGCGACCACGCCCAAUCCGAAUCGUUUUGGAGUUCCUGCCAUCUCAGGACUCUUCCUGGAAUCCUCAGUUGCGCCGAAGAGUGCCAAGCCCACAGCCAGCGCCAGUGUAGAGUUGGACAGCACCUACAGGCCAGUGAUCAUUGGCAUGCGUCAUCACUACGAUGUGGCUGGCUCCGGAGAGCUGAAGCGUCUCUCUCCGCCGGGCAUCAACUCCAAUGUGGAUCAGAUCCCAAAGAAAUUGAGCGAGAGUCGCGAUUAUUUGCCCACAACACCACCGCCCUCAGCCACCAGCAGUGGACCCACCUAUCUGCCCAAAGGGAAUGCUGCACCCAGAUCAAAUGUAGCUGCAGCUGGUGGGGAUUCGCUGCUCUUUGCACCCAACCCUGUCAAGGAAGAGUCCGUGUAUCGCAAUGUCCAAGACAUGCUGAAGACUGUGAAUCUGCUGAAGGAUAAGUUCGAAGAUGUCGAGCUGAAUGCACAGCCAGCAACGUCUGUCCGCGCUGGCCUGGAGAUACCGCCAUCAUCUGGCCCGGAUGCCCUCGUCUCACUGGCCAAAUACUUUGCCCAGGAGCAAAAUGAGUCGGGCAAUGCCUUGGUGAAGCCGGAGAAGCAUGGUGUGCACACAAAGCUCUCAGUAAAGGCGCCAGCACCCAUUUUGCCCACACCCAAACCCUCGGAUACCACAGUCACAUUGACCACGUCCGAGAUACCUCCAGGCAUAAGCGAGAAGGCGGAUGACAUCAAGCAGAGUCUGUUGAGCGCCAAAACUAUGCAAAAGUAUAGCACAUUGUUUGGACUGAAGGCGGCCAAGGGACGAGGACAGGCUGAGGGCGAGGCAGAUAUCAGCACGGGAUUGCUCUCCGCUCAGCUGAAUGAGACUCAAUCUCCGGCAAAGGGAGCGGACUAUCAACCGUUUCCACAAAUUGGCACCACGGGCUCCACAAUUGGCGCGCUGGCCGAGCAGCCAGAGUCUCGCAAGAUUGCCCAGAUCUUCUCGAAUGCCUUGACCGACUAUUUGGAUAAUCCCAGCAACUUCCGUGCGGAAUUAGCCCGAGCUCGUCCAACCGAGCCGCCAAACUUUAAGCCUGUCACUACGACGGAUGCUUCGUUGUUCAGUGAUGGCACCGCCAAGUAUUAUUUACCAACGAAAUCCUUACCGGAGGUGACCACACCCCAGAGCAUUGCUGUUGAGAUAAAUCACAAGUUUGACUCUACGCCUGCCCCUGAUUACUCCACGACCACAGAGCUGUACGAGCUGAGCACCAAUCGAGGACAGAGCUCGGAGCUGGAGCUUUCGGCGGAGCUGUCACCGCCCAGUGCCGAUUCCGGUGAGGGUGAGUUCCUCCAGCAGCAACAGACGCAGUCGUUUGUCAAGUCCCGCAAUGAUCUGCUGAAGGAUGCACGACCACAGAAGCUGAUCACAACACACAAGCCGACUGAGCAUCCGUGGGCACUGAAAUCUCAAACGGAUUUCCUUGAUCCGCUGACCAUCAACGAUGCGCUGAUGAAGGAGCAGCGUGGCACCACAACGACAACGUCAUCGCCCUUCACAUAUCUGCCCAAAUUGCUGGGCAGCACAACCACGCCCUCUCCGUCACGCUACGAGUGGGAUGACAUCUUCCGGAGCUACGAUAUUCCACGUGAUGCAUUGCCAUCCAGUAGUGGACUGCAGCGUAUUGCCAAUAAGCUGUUUGGCGGACUCAACGAGCAGGAGGCACUGCAUCUCAGGAAUGUUAUGGCCAAGGCGGAGCACGAUCGUCAAGUGCUCAGCUUAUUGUUGCUGCUAAUCCAAACCUGCGAUGAUCAUAAUGGCAAGGCCCUGGAGCGUUCUCGCAAGCAUCUCCUGAAUGCGUUGAUUGACAUCGACAGCAAGAUACCCAGCAAAUUGGCUGACCGCCAGAAAUUGGAGCUCGGCACUCAGACGACAACGUCACGGGUGCCGGUCACCACAUUCCGGCGCAGUGGUGACUACUACACCAGCACCACGCCGGGCUACACGUCAACCACAGAGCUGCCAUUUUCCACCAGCACGACGGCGCCGGGCAGCUACGAGGAGACCACCAAGUUUGAGAUUCAUGUCGAGGAUGUCGACGAUGUCGAUUUGGCGGCGACAACAGUUGCAACGCCGUCGCAUCCCGAGGUCAAUUCGGACCGUCGGGCAUUGGAGCUGCUCAAGUCAUUAUAUUCGCUGGCAUCGAAGUUCAGCAGCAGGCGAUAGAUAGGGUUGCCAAUGCCAAUGGUUCCCGAUUCCUAAUGGCGGCGCUUGGGCAGGGUUACCAGCGCUUCGGAAAUGCUUAACUUUUAGUCAACUCAACUCUAUUCCCCCGAUUCUUCAAAGCUCAAAACGAACAACUUAAGUUCAAAUUUUAAAUUGAAAUAAGUUUUUUAAUUAACUAUUUGAAAUUGUUUUUCCUUCUUAUUAUUUAACUUUUUGGUUUAGCCAAUGCAAUUUUCGCAAUUAGUUUGUAAAUAUGUAAAAGUCGGAAACGAAUUACUCAAAAUGAAAUACUCCUGAAAUACUCCCAGCUGUUGGUAGGAAAGCUCAAAAUACUCUUACAAAUUACAGUAUAAUAUCAUCGAGUUGUAUUAAAUUAGAUUCUUAGUUGUAACUACAAAUACGAGAGUACUUCGACCCUGAACUAUAAACAAUCCACAUGCCCAUAUGUACGCGCAUGUUCUUAUGCCUUUCUAUCUUUGUAAAUAUUUAUUUAACGUUAAUAAAGUACAUAUAACAAUAAA